GCCCCUAGCGUGAAUCCGGAGAGCUACUCACGCACCAAAUGCUCGAUUUCUGCUGUUCUGUGUAGGCUGCCGCGGCAUGUGAACAAAAACAUUAAGCGCGCAAUGCCCGCAAAAAUAUUCAUCGACCUAGCGACGAAGCCGUUCGUCGCAGAUGUCGUAUUUCCAAACGGCCUACCGCCAGGUGGUUUUGUGACCCUUUUUGUGGGCUGCUGCCAAAAGACUCCUCAGCCCGGAAAAGUAGUGGACAGUAUUAUCGUACCAAAGAGCAGCACCAGUGUCCCUGUAAUCCGCAAGACGUGCCACAACCAGACCUACACUGAGUUCUGCGAUGGGAAAAUAUUUGUUCGCAACGACGUCGCCAAUUUCCAAGUUGCGGCAUAUCCGUGCAGCCUGCGGAGUUCUACGAGCAGUCCUGUGUUGACCAGCCAGGAACAUGGAAGACUUCACAUUCAAAAAGAAGUGCCCGAUCUCUGUGGCAACAUUGUGCCUUUUCCAAAGUCCGAGCUCCACUACUGCCAUCGUUGCAGCUUUUUCAGCUUGUUGCGGGAAGAGAAGUUGCACCACGACAGUCUGCAUGGUGGAUCUCGCCAGCAAUGCCUUCUGUGCCGCCGGUUCUUCAAGAAUGGCACCACGCUCAACCAACACCUGUGCCUGCACCUCCAACGUUGCGUUCGCUGCGACGUCUGCUCCAGAAUCUUUUCCUCAAAGGAAGCGAGAGCGAGGCACUUGGAACGCAAUUGUGACGCUCCACCAAUCGUGGAACCCACCAGGCCCCUCAUCCAGCUCCUCCCCCCGCCGCCCCCCGAGCCAGUGGUGGUUGAGGUCGCUCCUGUCGCCAGCAACUUGACCGUCGAGGUGCCCUCCCCUCCCGAUGACACGGCGUGUGCAAGUGCAUCCGUGUCGCCGCUUCCCGAAACACAGACGCCACCGCACAAGCAGACGGAUCAAGGCGGGAAGCAGCCCAAGGUCAAAUCGCUCCAGAUCCGACGCACCCGCCAUCCCUGCCCGUACUGCCCGCGCUUCUGCUUCUCCAUGGGGGCCUAUCAAGCUCACCUGAGGCGCAAGCACAUCAACAUGGCCCCGCUCAAAUGUCCCCGCUGUCCCAAGCGUUUCUUCCUCGACCACCAGUUCUACAAGCACCGUUCAAUAUGUCUGCGCAAAGCGAAAGGACUGAAAGGCACUCCAUACUCGCCCAAGAACCGGUGGAACAGGCUGAACUGCGAGCACUGCGAGUUCUUCACCCACCGCUACAAGCUCCUCACCAAUCACUACGCGAAGGAGCACAAGGAGCACGCGCUGAGCACGUGUACGCAGUGCAACGCCGUGUUUGCACACUACGCCUUCAUGCUCGCCCACCAGGUGCAGGUGCACUUCGAUCCGGAAGAUGCCCACACCAAGGAGUGCAGCUUGUGCAGCACUCAGCUGGAGAGUGUGGAUGCGCUGCGUGACCACGUGCUGGCAAUCCACGCCGCGGCACUGAUCUAUCGCUGCAUCGAGUGUCAUGAACGCUUCAUGACUCUGUCCAUUCUCCUUCAGCACAGGGAGGAGAAGCACAACCCGAAGUCCCGCAAGUGCCCCGAGUGCCCCAAGGAGUUCAGCACGUCGGUGGCGUGCCGCCGCCACGUGAUGUACACGCACUACAGCUCGCGCCUGCGCUUCCCGUGCAAGUACUGUUUCCGGCGCUACAAGGACCUCCUCAACCUGCACUACCACAUGGCACUCUCCCACAUACACGAGCUGAGUGAAGAAGAAAAGAAAUCGCUGGUGGCGGUGAAGCGGCGGUGCCAGCAGUGCGACUACGAGACCUACAACCGGCGCAGCAUGCAAGGCCACAUGCGGCGCAACCACGGGAGCCUGCUGCAGUGCCGCCAGUGCGAGCAGAAGUUCUCGCUGCCGGCGGAGCUUACGCGCCACAUGCGGCUGCGCCACUCGGCCCAGGGGCGCCAGGACUGCCCGCACUGCACGCGCAGCUUCGUCUGCCCCAAGGCGCACGCGCUGCACGUCACCAUGCACCAGGACGGCAGUGGUCACGAAUGCAGCAAGUGCAAGCGUCUCUUCGAGAGCGAGGCACUCCUUAAGCACCACCAAGAAUCGCACCUGUCAGAUGCCAAGGGCCGCCGGUGUCAAGUCUGUCUGCGCUGCUUCACCACGCCACGGCGUCUGGCCGAGCAUCAGGCGACCUUCCGCUCAAAAGAACCCGGCAGCGAGGGUCAGCUGACGUGCGCAAACGUGCGGAAGGUUCCCGCCAAGAAGCGAGAUCGCCGCGACCUGAAGAUCCAGUGCGACAAGUGCCACCUACGGUUCAAGUACCAGAGCAGCUGGCAGGCACACUGCAUGUCGGCCCAUGGCAAACGCCCCACCAAUGCGGACUCCGGGUACACUUGCGAGAUCUGCAAGCACACGUUUGUGUCGGUGCUGGGGCUCUCCAACCACAUCCGCUCGCACACGGGUGAGCGUCCGUUCCGGUGCAAGGAGUGCGGGGCCGCCUUCCUCCAGCCCGGCACGCUGAAGGAGCACGUGGUGCUGAAGCACAGCCGGGCCUUCAGCAACUCCUGCCCCUUCUGCAACAAGGGCUUUGUGGGCAAGAACAAGCUCAGGCGCCACCUGCAGGCGGCACACAAGGCCGUCGUGGUGCGGGCGCUGCCGGCCGCGCCGAGGAGGCCGCCUGUGCAGUCCCCAAAGCCUCCAGCAAGCUCUUCUCAGCCCGUGCCUUCCCUCACGUUGCGAGACUCGACAGAGCCCGACGAUGACGAGGAAGAACAGGAUGAGGAGCAGGCAAUGCACGAAGGGCAUUCUGCAGAGGACGCAACCGACGUGCAAGAUGUGCAAGAAUUCCAAGACGUAACAAAUCUCCAGGUGAUGCAGUUGGUGCCCAGGGUUCACCAAGUACUCCCUGAGGUCCUUGCGGUGCCGGUGCAGCACGGUGGCGGCGCGAGUCUCGCCGUUGCGGUCGACAGCAUCAUCAAGCUGAUGGUGUGCGACACCCUGGUGGAGACGAGCUGCGUCGAACUCUCUACGGAGCCUUCGGAGGGGCAGGAGGACAGCCUGCUGUGAGCCUCGCUUCGUUGCCUUUACCUCUGCGCGCCUCCUGCCCCCACCCUACGGGAAAGUUUCCUGCUUGGCAGUUUCAGAGGGGGCUUGCCACUGUUUCUUUUAAUAAAGUUGUCCAGAAUUCCA